AUGUCAUCAUCAUCACCAACAGUACUUUCACAACAAUCAGUUCCUCACCACCAAUACUCCAAUCAUGACCAAAACUUGUCGACAAUGAUCGAACCCAUUCUCAUCCCACCAUCCAUUUCUGACACUAAAAACGAUUCACAAAACUCAACCAUGUUGUGCAUCACACUUCCGAACUAUUCAUCAUCCAUUUGUGGAUUCAUUGGAUUUAAUGUAACUCUUGAUCCACAAUUUCCCAAUUAUACUCUCAUGGAACAACACAUUUCCGAUGAAUACAAACGAUUCUAUGUGGAAAUUUAUCAAAAAUUCACACUCAACGAAACCUCAACUGCUUGCAAUCAUUCCAUUCUCAAUUUUAUUUGUUCUUCGAAUUAUAAGAGAUGUUUUAAAGAUGUCAAACCGUAUGAUGUUUGUGAUUCGGUAUGUCGAGAAGUGUUCACAUCAUGCUUUCCAGAGGCACCUGAUGACGAUGAACAAUCAUUGAGAUUUUUGGCUGCUAAAGAAUAUUGUGGAAAACCAACAAAACCAAUAUAUCCCUCACCUCCGUUAUGUACUAACAUUAUGAAUCAAACACAGAAUAUUAUUGUGUUGGUUUCAUUGAUAGCAUUGCUAUUGUUUUUAAUUAUUGUGAUUUGUAUUGGAGGGUUUAUGAGUUUUUGUUACUACAGAAGACAGGCUCAACGAGAACGAUACAGUUCUCUAGGUCACUAA